CCCAACUCUUCUUCCAGUUCCAUUCUCCAUUCCCAAAGAUCCCACCUCUGCAGUGCAGGAAGGAAGCAACAAGUGCAACGAGAGCCCGUCAGAGAGGAUUUUGCGGUUGCGAGGCACCAUGGACGGCGAGGGUGCAAGGCCGGCGAUGACGACAUGGAAGAGGCCCUUGCUCCCGGACGGCGAGCUGGUGGAGCUGCUGUGGCAGGACGGGGCCGUCGUCGCGCACGCGCAGCAGACGCACCAGCGAUCGUCCGGCGGCGUCGUUCAGGCGGCUGGCAGCAGCGGCGUCACGGGCGAGGAGACGGCCGUGUGGUUCCCGGACUGCGGCGGGGGCGGCGGCGACACGCUGGGCAUGGACAGGGACCUGUACUCGCAGUUCUGGCACAGCUUCGCCAAUGUCGACGGGCACGGGGGCAGGGGAGCGGCUGCCGCGCUCGCGCUCACGCCGCCGCUGCCGCCGGCCAGGAGCGACGGCGUGUCGAGCCGUCUCGACGAGGCCGGCCGGCUGAGCAUCUGCGGCAGCAACGUGGUGACGACGCCGGCGCUCCCUGCGGACGACAACAUCGACGACGGCGCGCCGCGGCCGCAGCCCGACGCGCGCGCCGGCGCGUCGUCGUCGGGCGGGUCGGGGAGCUGUUCGCUGUUCAAGCGGGGGAGGGACGAGCUGGACAGCCGCAGCGAGGAAACCGACUUCGAGGCCGUCGGCGAGACCCCGCCGUCGAAGAGGCCGGCGACGAAGCGCCGGACUCGCGCCGCCGAGGUGCACAACCUGUCGGAGCGGAGAAGAAGGGAUAGGAUCAAUGAAAGGUUGAAAGCAUUGCAAGAACUGGUGCCUCAUUGCAACAAGACCGACAAAGCAUCGAUACUUGAUGAAGCAAUUGAGUACCUGAAAUCCCUGCAAAUGCAAGUUCAGAUCAUGUGGAUGACUACCGGGAUUGCACCGGUGAUGUUACCCGGUGCUCACCAGCUGAUGCCGCCGAUGGGGAUGAGCUUGAAUACAGCAUGCAUGCCUGCGGCGCAAGGCCUGAAUCAGCUGCAGAGAGCAACGAGUUACAUGAACAAUCCUCCGCCAAACGAGAUGCCUCAGAUCCCAUCUCCAUCUAUGAAUUCACCCAGUGUUCCAAACGAGAUGCAGAAUGACAAUCACAGCCGUGUGCCACGAAAUCCCUUUCUUCACCGUAAUCAUACACUAACAGCAACACCUCAGGUGCAAGGUCUAUUUCCCUUUGGAUCUCAAGCUGCAGAACAAAAUGAGAUUCAGCAGUUACUCUCUAGCACUGGCAUUCCAUCUUCGUCUGACGGGACCGUAACAUAAGCAAGAUGCUUCGAUGUGACCAAAAUGCAAGCAACUAAAGGGAGAUGAACAAAGGAAACCAGAACAACUGGUCCUACAAGAAUGAUUUGAUUCCAAGAUGCAGUCUGUGUGCUGUGCUGUGAGCCUGUGAGGCCAGGGGAUUGUCAUGCAAGUCUGAAGCUUUGGGACACCACUCAGAAGUCAACACGUGUACCCCCGAGAUCGAUCCCGAUGCUAUUCUUAUCUGAAGAGUAUAGUGAUCAACAUCAGCUUUCUGUUUCUGGAAGGAUUUUUUGGUCCAUGGGAGAUGAACUGGAGGAUCCCUUUGCAUAGAAAAGCAAGACAACAGGAAGAUGCUUCUUAUGAUGCUACACUUAUGGAGAUGACAUUGCCCGGCAACAAUCCUGGUUCUUGUGGCUGUGGAUCCAACUCGAGCCGGCAUCGCAACAGCGGCACAAGAAUACAACAGUGGCAAUUUCACUCUUCUUUUUGCUGAUGUUACACCCCUGUAUGCCUCAGGAACAUGCAUCUAAUGAUUUUGGUUGCUACUGGAUGAGCUGAUAAACAUGGCCAUCUGCUCUUCAAGAUUGCACAUGGUUAGAAGCAGAAAGAGAACAUAGGUAGACUGAACCAUGUGCAAUUCAGAUAUGUGGCACAUCAAGAUCAUUAGAAAUGCGCAGACAUCGGCAGAAAUUUUGCUCCUGAACCAAGAGCUACCACAUCUGUAUCCCCUGGGAAUCGGUACUCAUUGCCAAAUCGCCGUUGCUUUUGCCUUUCUCAUGAUCUUGACUGUAUUACUUGCAAGUUGUAACUAGUAGAAUUCCCUGCCCAAUUGAGCAGUUAGACAGAGUACAGCAAAUAUGAUAUUGCAUUUCUUUGUACAGCUAUAAUAACAGUAUCUGAUCAAUCUCCAUAAUUAUGAUUUGGACCUUGCACUGUUGCA